UGCAACUGGAGCGGGACCUGUGUCAAUGAUAUCACGAAGUAAUGUAAACUUACAUAUUCUGUUUGCAAAAAUUCCUUGGGGAGAGGACAGAUAUUGCGAAGAGAUUUACUAUCGAACGUGGGGCGCUGUGCUGGUGUGGUGGUUAACUUAUCUUUCAUUAGUGAGUGCUGGCCGUGGAUAAACUUACGGGGAGAGAUCAAGACUGGGAAAACUGGCUACUGGGGCAAAAGAGCUCAGUCACCACCAGCGCACUGCUGGUAGAAGGGCCGAUCAACCGCGGGACCCCCAAGAUCAAUGCAUGUCUGCACAGGUAUAGGCGCAGGUACGGUACAUAUACUAUACAUGUACUGUACAUGUACUGUACAUACGUAGACUAUGCUUACCUCUGUACCCCGCCGGCCUGGCCACUUUCACAUGCUUCCGGCCCUGGUAGUAAGUGGCCAGCAGCUCGGGCUCAGGAGCUCACACACGGGCGACCCUGGGCGCUGAUUCGCUGCAAGGCGGGAUCUAGAAGCGCAAAGCUCCAGGGCUAUUAGUAGAGUUCGAAUAACGACAAGGAAAAGGGUGAGAGUUUUGCGGUUGUUGCUUGCUGCGGAAAAGCUGGGAAGCAAGAGGUAGGUAGGUGCACGCACGUUUUCCCUUCUGCCUGAGGGGUUCUUGGCUUUGGAUUGGUCUUGAUCUCUCUCCUCAUUUUUUCCUGUUCUCUGCUUCAUAGUCAUAAUAACAACAACCCGGUUCCCCUCUUCUUCCCACCUUUUGCUGUUUUCUUCUUCUCUUCCUCCAUCUACCUAUAACUUUCUUAGGAACACAACUACUACAUACUGCUUCGCAAUUUAUCCCCUAUCCCUAGUCCCAUAUAUAUAUUACUUGAUACACCUUCAGUCCUGACGUAUUGCAUCACCUGCUACCUGUAUAAAUCCUAUUUUCAAUAAACAAACCACCACUCAACAUGGGUGAACCCAUCGUCAAUGGCGAAAAGCCAUCCUCCCAGUUCCUCCAUCACCUCUCCACCCUCCCUGUAGUUUCCGACUCCCUUACCUACUUCAAGAACCACCCCUACGGCCAAAAGUCCCUCCAGCUCGCCGACCAAGGUUACGCCAAUUACGCAAAGCCCGUCCUCCCCUUCUUCUCCAAGCCCUACACCUAUGUCCGCCCCUACGUCGCCAAAGCCGACUCCCUCGGCGACGAAGGGCUCAAGCGCGUCGAAGACCGGUUCCCCAUCGUCACGAAGGACACGGAGACCAUCAAAGGCACUCUCAAAGGAUACAUCCACCUGCCACUGCGUGUCGUUGAAGAGGGCAAGAAUCAUGUGCUCCAGGUGUAUUCGUCCGAGUACAAGAACUGCGGUGGCGGCGAUGGAUACGUUACUGUCGGCAAGGCAGUGAUCACCACGGGCCUGACUAUCACGUCAGAAUCGUUGGCGUGGUUGAGGUCAUACAUUACGAAGGCUGAGGAGAAGGGGAGGCAGGGCGUUGAGGUUGUUUCGGAGAAGAAGCAGAAGGCUUCGAAGCAGAAACCUUCGAAGCAGUGAGAUGAGGGAUGAAUGACUCUUUCGAGUCUGUCCAAGCCUUGAUUCUUAAUCUGGACGAUUGACCCCCCCCCCCCCCCAAAAAAAAAAAGAAAGAAAAAAGAAAAGAAAAGAAAAGAUGAAAAAAGAAAAGAUGAAAAAAAAAGACCUUUCUCCUUUUAGAUUUAAAAAGUGUUUGUCUUCUUGUUGGUACUAAU